GUUUGACCAACGUUGUAGAGAUGGGGCCAUGGAAAGCGCUUUAUUUGAACAUAAAGACCAUCAAUUUAGAUGUAUAUUUUAGUUUUUCUUAACUAAAAUACACCAAAAGUCAUCAUCUCGAUCUUAGAAACUGGUAGAUAUAUGCCAAAAUGUCGCUUAUAAACUUCAAGAUUAAUCGUCCUACAAAACAUCUAAAAAUAAACUUUUGGUCUCCAGAAAGUCAAGAUGCUAAAAAUAAAGCACCUUUUUGAUUGCAGUGUGAGACGAAGUGAGUAGUGAAGUUUCGUUGAAGAAAAUAAUAAAAAAUGGCAGCUGAACAGGUGCAGAAUAAUAACGAGCUCAUGAUGAGACUUUCAGAGUAUGAAAAGAAGCUGCAGGAUAAAGACAAAGAAAUAGAAGAAAUGCGAAAACGCAUGCUUGAACUCGAAGAAUCCGUCGUGAAAGUGGAAAACAUGAAAAACCAAAUGCUGAAAGGCGCUGAAGAAGUGGACGCCUUGAAGACAGCAUCCGAAGAGACAUUAACAAAAGCAAAAAGCAUGCUGUUCGAGAAGACCAAAGUGAUCAAAAACCAGGAGUUGCAAAUCGAAGCGUACAAGCAGCAGAUCGAGUCCCUGAAAGACGUGGUCAGGAUCACGAAGGAUCUGCUGGACAUCAGGAACCUGGAAGUAAAGCAGCUGGAGGGAAGGUUGAAUGUGAUGGAUGAGAGGACGAAGGCCGAGAAGGAGAAGCAAGAUCUGCUGCAUCAGAAGUUGGAGAAUAUGAUACGAUAUAACGGCGAGUUAAAACGUGAAUACGAAGCUCAGCUAUGCCUGUUCUCAGCUUUGCGUGACAGAUACAGUGAACGUGAAUUGGCCAAAGAUGUUGUGGCUAAUCUGAAGAAGGACAUCGAUGAUGGAAAAAAAUCAAAUAAUCAGGACAAACCUGCUGAAGGUGGAGAUCCGCCGAAUAACUAGUACUGCCAUCAAGAAAGCGCCCCAUUUUUAGCUUAUAAUUAUAUCAAUUAAAAAUUUAAAAACAUAUUUCUUUGAAUGUUUUAUUUAUGUUAUAUUAUUCCAACAGUCCGGUUGACUAUCGAGGGAUACUCAAUCGAAUAAUGCUGAAAUUCAGUGAUCUUGUAUCAAAGUUAAUGUAUACUGUGAUGGAAUUUACACAAAGUUCCGUUUUUUGCCUCUAGACUAAUCACUUUAAGCAUUAAGCAAUGGAAAUAAGCUUGUGUGGGUUCACAAAAGAAAACGUCAUUUUUGGAAAUACCUAUGUGUUAAAAAUGCCUUGAAGGUAUUAUGUAUAUUAUUUAUACAGUGCUGACCAAAGUUUUCCCUUUUUGUUUUCCAUAUGUCCGACAGAGAGAGACCACGUUGUCUUGCAACGACCACGGGGAGGUGUUACAGCCGCGAUUGGCGCCCUCUCCCACUAUCGUUGCCAGGCAACGUGGUGACGAGACUUUCAUCGCACGUUAUUUCUAAUACGCUUCUUCCCCUUCUCUCUCUCUUUCUCUCUCUCUCUCUCUCCUACACAUAAGACUUCGGCCAGCACUGUAUUUUCUGUGACUGUACCUUUCAAACCGGUGCUUUACCUAUGUCUGCACUACUAGAAACUUAUCAUUUAGGCCAGAGUUCCCCAAACUUUUUUGUGUCGUAGACCCCUUGCCAUGUUUUUCCGUGUUGGGUAGACCCCCUACUUACCUGAUAUUGAUUUCCUGUAAAUUUCUAACUGUAGUGAAGUUUAGUGUUAAAAACUUAAAGUAAAAACACAUGCUAAUUUAUACAUUUAUUAAUUGAAUUUAAAUUAAAACUACUCAACAUAAAAUUUUGUAUCUGCUAUGUAAAAUAUACGUAACAUUAAAUAAACAAAUGUCUGACCUAUAAGUGCCCGCAUUGGGGAAUAAGUGCUAUAAAGGGGAGUUCUUUAAAAAAAUCAAUGCGGGCACUUAUUCCCAAUGCGGGCAUUUAUUGGUCAGACA